AUGUUUGGAGAUAUCCGUUUGUUCCUUGGCGCGUCAUCCGGAGGUAACAACGCCUUUGAGAGGAAAAACAUGUGUCAACCUACUUAUGAGCUGCGGAUCAUCCGGCAGCCUCACUUUGGGGCCCAAACGACGGAAGAACAAGCUGCGCAAAACACCGGGCUUCCUAUCGUUCCUGUGCCGAUUAUUCAGGUGAUCCGGCGCAUCAAUGGAGAAGAAGUCCCUCUGGAAUUAGCGGAGGCGAUGCGGCUUUUUCUGACUCCGCAUGCUGUGAGGGUGGCUGAGGAUGGGAGGCUAGUGGAGGCACCCAAUCAAGGUCUUCGAUUUGAGCCAACGAGUCCCAUUAUGGAUACACAGCCAGAAAUAGCGGACGACCAAGGCCGCUGGCUUUUCGUGUUCGGCGAUAUUGGUAUUCGCGACCUCGGCCGAUAUCAAAUUCGUUUCACCCUUUGGCAAGCCGGGCAGGACAGCUCGGAUCUACUCGCUCAAGUGAGCACUGAGACAUUCCCGGUGGUAGAGCGUGAUGACUGGCCACUGCACAACGAUUGGGACACUCCUUUAAGUGCACGACUCGCUCGUGAUCACCCGUUCGCGAGAAUUUACAGGCCGCCGUUCUGAAUUCUUCCAGGGGACGCCUUGGAAAAGUCUCGAAAAAAACAUUCAUCAACCCGCAAAAAAGUGAUUUCAGCUAAAAGACACAUCAUCAGCCCGGUUCACGUUGGUAACUUUAACACCACAUUUAUCACUUUUAACAUGAAAUUUUCAUAAGAUAUUUAACUUUUCCAGAUUUUGUUGGAAACAAGAAAACCUGGAUGUGUAUGUAAAUUCUUUGUAAAAUUUUAUCGAUGAACGUGUUACAAUUGGCCUCAAGGUUUCCCAACAUGAAUCGGGCUUGUCCAAGGCUCUGUCAAUGUUUUUUGUACCUGUUUUUGUUUUGAAUUUUCGCAACUGUUGUCAUAAGUCUAUUCCCUCUAUUCGCUAUCGUUUGAAUUCCAAACUCACAACAUGUCUCCCCAAGAUCCAUUUGUUCUUACAUCCACUCACAGUGACCGUCUGCGUAGCUCAAAUGAACAGAUAUUUCCCAAAGACCAAGAAGAUUAUCUCUUCUAAUCCUUCUAACGUUUCUUUUUCCACCUCAUUUAUAUUUUAAACCCGCUAUUUUUUAGUUCAAGCAUGCCUCCUUUUCACGAUGGAUUAUCACCUUUUUCAUCUUUG